GAAAACCCUCUGAAGACUCAGGUGCGUCUCACACUCAGCUGGAAGACGGGGCGAGACAAACGUCCCCAAACGAGCUAAACUCUGAUUCUGUUGGAACGCGAGGAACAACUUUCUUCGUAUCCCAAAAAUAAUUAAGGAUUAAUUGAUUUUCUCUUUAUGGAAACUUAUUGAUUGAUUUUUGUAUAACCCCCAAAGAGACAGGUUGUCUGAGCUUCUAGAGUCCUCUUCGCCACGAUGAGUUGGGCUGCGCUCUAUACUCAGCUGGGCGGCGUCAACAAACACUCCACUAGUCUAGGAAAGAUUUGGCUUUCCGUCCUUUUCAUCUUCCGUAUCACUAUACUGGUUCUGGCUGCUGAGAGCGUCUGGGGGGACGAGCAGUCAGACUUCACAUGCAACACGCAGCAGCCUGGCUGCAAAAACGUCUGCUAUGACCACUUCUUUCCCGUGUCGCACAUCCGCUUGUGGUGCCUGCAGCUAAUCUUUGUGUCCACACCGGCCCUGCUGGUGGCCAUGCACGUCGCCUACAGGAAUCGUGGGGAUAAGAGGGUCAUGCUGGCCUCCAACGGCAACGAGAAGAUGACGGAGAAUGACCUGAAGACACUGAAGAGGAGGCGUCUGCCAAUCACAGGCCCACUGUGGUGGACCUACACCUGCAGCUUGUUCUUCCGCCUCAUCUUUGAAGGUGGCUUCAUGUAUGCACUGUACUUUGUCUACGACGGCUUUCAGAUGCCCCGGCUGGUGAAGUGCGAGCAGUGGCCUUGCCCCAACAAGGUGGACUGCUUCAUCUCCAGGCCAACAGAGAAGACCAUCUUCACCAUAUUCAUGGUGUCCUCAUCGGCCAUCUGCAUGGUGCUGAACGUGGCCGAGCUGUGCUACCUCAUCGCCAAGGCGCUCAUUAGGUGCUCUGCCAGGUCAAACAAGAGGAACCUCUCUUACAGCCACGCAGACAGCGUGACAAGGGAUAAUGCCCAUCUGCAGAACAAGAAGAAUGAGAUGCUGUUGUCUUCCACCACAGAUUCGACCAGCAACAAGAUGUGUUGAAGGACAGCCACCAGUUGUCGGUGUUCCUAGAGAAGAAGGAAAAGCAUAAACUGUAAAUCCAACCACCUAUAAUGGUCACAGUUUGUAGCAGAUUCUGGCUGUAGGCUAUCAUAUGCAUAUUUGUUCUAUAUUUUCCUACAUGUGGCCUCAAAUCUGCCCCUAAAGGCAGUCAGAUGUUUUUGCCUGAUCAACGCAUUCUCAUGAACAGGUUUGUAUGAUAUCGUACGAAAACUUAUGCAAACCAAUUCAUAUAAUAUCCUACGAAAUUGACAAGUUAAGUUCAGCGGCCUUUCCUGUUAAAUUUAGCUGAAAAAGGGUUACUGUCAGCCGGGUACCAUUCAGUGCAGUUGCGACGUUGCAGUUGAGUUUAGCCGACAAAGGUUGAUCAUCAUGCAACGUCAACAGUUACGUUUAGGCACUAGUUAAAAUUAGAAAAAUUGUGUUUUGGAUUAAAACACCGGCCCCCUUAAUUAGUACUCCUGGUGCAUGACAAGCGUUUCCUGGGUGAAAGUCUUGUGUUUUCCCCGACACGAACUCCGCUCCCCCGCUUGAAAGCGCUGCGUUUUUUGUGUUUUACAGUGCAUUACUUUUCGCAGCUAUAUGUAGGCCUACAAAUGGUUCAUGAGAACAGCCUGUCCUUGUACAAAGAAAAAUCUAAAGUAGGCUAUGGAUAAUUUUACAUCUGGUAGAAUUCCCACCAGUGAGUGUUACUUAAAGAGUAUGUUUCUGGUGGCGUUUUUCAUACAAAAUAGUGUUUUUGUAUCUGUGGAUCAUCCAUAUUACCUUUUCACAGAGUGGAUGGUCAAUAGUUAGAUGGAGGGUUUUCAUUUUUUGUUCACAGUUUGAGGUUGCUUGAAUGCUUUGAACCAGAGAAGAAUGAGUCUACACUGACAUCUAGUGGUUUUAAGUGGAACCUCUAGGAGCACAAUCACCUUCCUCUUAGCCUGAAGAAUUUGUUUGGUGUUGAAGAAGAGAAAGGAGAACAAACUAAAUCAUGAAAAGUGAAGCAAAAAAAGUGCCUUUGUCAUUACGUUUCUUAGUGACUACUUUACAAGAGCUGAGAUUUGACUUUAAAUGUGGUUGAUUUUAAAUGUGUUUUACAGUUAUUGAUAAAAGCAGAUGAGUUUUUAUGAUCCUGCUGUGUUGAAUCAAGUGACUGUAGCAUGAAAUUAAGUUUAAAAAUCCAUAGUUGAAUAGCUUUCUAUAAAUGAUGCUAGAGUUUUGACAUGUUUGUGUUUAUAUUUACUGAGAAGUGUGUUGCACAAGAUUAUGCUGAUAGACUUUAAUAUAACAUAAUGAAAUCUUACUUACCACACCACAGUGGUUUAGAAGAUCUGAUGCUCUUUGCUGUUCAAUCAAAUCACAAUGUCUUUUGUCUUUUACUUGAACUGAAAGUAUUUGAAGUGUUGGGAAUGUGGCAAAAAUAUGUAUGUUUGGAGAGUCAAAUGUGUUUUAAGCAAUAUGUUUUUAUUCUGCAGUCAGCAAGUGCUAGAAACCUCCCCAACUAAUCCUAUUGCUUAAUUAAACUGGUUCUCAAAGUCUAAAAAAAGAGGCAGAAAAAUAUGAUUUUGUAGAAAUAUUAAUUCAGAAACACUGAGUAGUGUUGAAACAUACAGAACAUUAUUUUUGAUUCCAGUCAAGAUGCUUGACUAGAAAAAUACCAAAUCUGUCAGACUUUUAGUGAUUUCUAGAUAUGAAUCAAUUAAUAUUUGACUCAAUGUGUUUGCAUUUUGUAACACUUGUUUUUGCCCCCCUGGAGAUGUUUUUACCCUACAAGAAUUUAUUUCAAAAAGCAGGAUUGUCAAGUUAGACAGACAACUAAAAAACGUGUUAGGAGUUUGUUUCUGAAGGACCUUGGUUAUUAUCAUCAGCCGAUUCCUAAACUUUCAAGUUACGUCAAUGCUCUUAAUCAUAUUAAUCCUGCUUUUUGAAACAUCGUCCAGAAGUUGUCCUGUUCAGCCCAGACCUGGUAUGUUAUUUGGACUUGUGUUGUUGUUGCAGUGUGUACUGACCCCAGCUGGCUGUAUCAACUUUCAGCAUGUGCCUUAUUUUAGCCAUCACACUAAUCACUGCUCGCCCUCUUAACUUUAGGAACUACUGGCCGAUCUCAAUUUGAAAAUGUCUUUGUCCUCCCUCCCAUCCAGGAAUAACUGAGUUGGAUUAGUUACAUCUGUGUUGUUAAAAAUAAUAAAUCAGCUUCUGUGAAUUGAGUGAUUAGGAGAGAUUGAAAAAUGGUAUGUGAGGCAAUUUAGACAGUAAACUCUAAAAAGAAAGUCUUGAAGUCACAUACAUUUACAUUAUAUAACUGAAGCAGUUCUGUGGAGUUACAGCAUGAAGUGAACUGACAUUUUUUAAGUGGGCCACAAUAUUGUUGACCAAAGAUCCAAAGUCAUGCAUCUUCACAGACAAAGUAAUCUGUAUGCAGAUUUAAGAACAAUAUUUGUGAUUGUUUUGUAUAUCUGCUCUGCAUUGACCUUUGACCUCUUGCUUUCUGUAACAGCCGAAUGACAUUUUGAUGCAACAUUUGUCAUAGCAACUAUGUGUUUUUAAGGGACCAACCUGAUCAUUCCAGUCCCAAGAUUUUUUAAACAUUUUUCUAUUCAGAUUUCUUCCACAAUCUAGUUUUAGUAGGAUGCUUUCAACAGCAAACAACAUACUAAUGAACAAACAGCUUUCUGAGCAAGAAAUUAAGAUAUUAAAUUUGUUGUACUUGUGUUUUGUACCUGAGAUGUUUUUAUCACACCCGCACUUUGAUCCUUGAAGUCUUUUUGCUUUGUGAGACCUUUUUUUUCAUAAAUCAGUAAAAACAAAA